ACAAAAUCACCCCUUGGUAGUAUAUACUCGUUCAUCAGAACAGAAUCCCCAGUGCUCUAAAAACAACCUAAAACAUGAACACAUUUCCUCCUCCGAUGGGAAUUCAAACAACUUUUCCCCUUUCUAAUAAACUAAUCCAGUUAACACUUAAUAAUAAGUCAAGCACAGUAAUUACAUGUGGAUUAAGAAAGCCAUUACGUACAAAAAGAAAUAAUACCGGUGAGAUUAUAUCAUCAGAAGCAAUCCAGGCCGUUCAAUUACUCAAAUUAGCCUCAAGAAAUCCAUCUAAACUUGAUCAAGUCUUUAAUUCUAAGCUUAAUCGGUUAUUAAAACAUGAUUUAUUACAUGUUUUUGCUGAGUUGCAGCGUCAGCAACACUUAGACCUUGCUCUCAAGGUGUUUGAAUUUAUUAGGGAGGAAGCAUGGUAUGAACCUGACCAUUCUUUAUACGGUGACUUGAUGCUAAUGUUUGGAAAGAAGAAAGUGAUAGAUAAAGUUGAAAAACUUUUCUCUGAGCUAAUGGAAGAAGGCUUAAAACCAGACACCCGGGCCUAUACAGAGCUAAUCGGAGCAUAUUUUAAAGUGGAUAUGAUAGAGAAGGCAAUGGAAACAUACGAGUCAAUGAAGGCAUCGGGUUGUGUCCCAGAUGAGUUGACCUUCACGAUUAUGAUAAGAAACCUUGAAAGUGCUGACAAAGACGAGCUUGCUGCAGUUGUAAAGAACGAUUGCGUUAGAUAUAUGGAUUCUCCAAAGACGUUUCUGAAGGAAGUCGCCAGGAAAUAUCCAAAAAGACUCAGACUGAACCUGGUAUGAAGAGCUGAGGCAACAGCAUGUGAUACAGUAAUAGUGGGUCUUGUUUACAUCUGCACAUUAUUAAAUGCUAUUCCUAAAGAUCAUUAAGUCCGACUAAGAAUUGAAAGAUUGUGGACUAAGAUCUGCUACUCCAUUAUGGAUGCAUAGUUGGUAAGUUAAUAUUCUGUAACUGCAUCAACAAUCAUCCCUACCCAAUGGGAUGUCACAAAUUUACAGUGGAGUACAAAUUUGCACCUUAUCGUAAUGAUCUCUAUUGGAUAUCAUCAUAUCUAUGCGAUGUGUAAAAGAUAUGGAUUUCAAGUGCAACUGUUGGGGGUUACUAGUAAUCUUUGUAUCAUUGUAUGUCUUAAGGGAUGUGAUAGUGUUCAUUUGUUCAUCUGUGGACUCCUUUAAAAUUGUUAUUGUUCUAUUAAGUGUCAAUCUCUUUAUUUGUGUUUA